CCGCCUUUGGAAAAACAGAAAUAUCCUAUAGCGCGGGCGACUUGCGGCGAAUUGAGUUCGCAAACGCAGAGAGCAGGUCGCUUUUCCGUGGAAGUUCGCGUCAGGUGCCAGUGAAAGCGUGGGGAAGCAUAUGCUUGAAGCAUGCAACAACAACCUGGAGAUGGCUGUCACCAUGUUCCUGGACGGAGGAGGGAUAGCAGAGGAGCCCAGCACCAGCUCCGCCGCGGUGUCUGCUGUUCGCCCGCACCCCGAGGAUGAAGUACGAGCUCCAAUUCCUCAAAAGCAGGAAAUCUUAGUAGAGCCUGAGCCCUUGUUUGGAGCUCCUAAAAGACGCAGACCUGCUCGCUCAAUAUUCGAUGGCUUUCGGGAUUUUCAGACAGAAACCAUCCGGCAGGAGCAGGAGCUCCGGAACGGAGGGGCAGUGGACAAGAAGCUGACCACGCUGGCAGACCUCUUCAGACCUCCCAUUGACCUGAUGCACAAAGGCAGCUUUGAAACGGCCAAGGAGUGUGGUCAGAUGCAGAACAAAUGGCUCAUGAUAAACAUUCAGAACGUGCAAGAUUUCGCCUGCCAGUGCCUCAACCGUGACGUCUGGAGCAACGAGGCUGUGAAGAACAUCAUCCGGGACCACUUCAUUUUUUGGCAGGUGUACCAUGACAGCGAGGAAGGACAGCGGUACAUACAGUUUUAUAAAUUAGCAGACUUCCCUUAUGUCUCCAUCCUGGAUCCCAGGACAGGCCAGAAGCUUGUGGAGUGGCAUCAGUUAGAUGUGACUUCUUUCUUGGACCAAGUGACCGGCUUCCUGAGUGAGCAUGGCCAGCUGGACGGCCAUUCCAGCAGCCCUCCCCAGAAAUGCUCCCGCUCAGAGAGUCUCAUCGAUGCCAGUGAGGACAGCCAGCUGGAAGCUGCCAUCAGAGCCUCGCUCCAGGAGACACAUUUUGAUUCCUCGCAGGCCAAGCAGGAGAGCCGGUCGGACGAGGAGUCGGAGUCGGAGCUUUUUUCUGGAAGCGAAGAGUUUAUUUCUGUUUGCGGAUCCGAGGAGGAGGAGGAGUCGGAGAUUCCAGCCAAGCUGAGGAAGUCUCCACACAAGGACUUGGGGUAUAAAAAAGAGGAGAGCCGGAGGCCUCAGCCUGAGCCCUCUGCAAGGACUGAGCCUGGGACAGCAUCAAACCACAGAGUCCUGCCCUGCAUCGAUGCAGGGGCACUGGAGGAGUCACCUGACAAGCCUGAAAGUACGUUCCGGGGCCUCGACGUGAAUGGACCAAAGGCACAGCUGAUGCUGAGGUAUCCAGAUGGAAAGAGGGAACAAGUUUCACUGCCUGAACAAGCUAAACUUCUGGCGCUGGUGAAACACGUCCAGUCGAAAGGAUACCCCAACGAACGCUUUGAACUGCUCACCAACUUCCCUCGGAGGAAGCUCUCCCACCUGGACUAUGAGAUCACGUUACAGGAGGCAGGCCUGUGUCCUCAAGAGACUGUCUUUGUGCAGGAAAGGAAUUAGCACUGUGGCCUGAGUUCUCCCAGCCUUCCUCCCUCUCCUCUUUGCCUGGGACAAGAGUCGUUAAAUAUGCAGUUAAGGGUCAUGGGAUUGCAGUGCUGGAAUCAGGCAGCUGACUGGCCCUUCCUUCUCCCUCCUCCUCUCUCUCCCUCCCUUCUCCCGCUCUAGUGACCAAAUGAGAGUGCUCAGAGUUUUAUUUUCUUCCACAGCUGCAGAGAGCAUUGGGAAGAACAUCUUUCCUCUGCUUUCCUGGAAUAAAGUAAAACAGUGAUCUGUGUAUCCAGCACGCUGGAGCUUGGAGUGGCCAUAAUACACAAACCCUUCUCGCUGCUAUUCUUAAAUCUGUUUUGUUUAAUUUAUUUUUGAAAAGAACGUGUGGUAAGGCACUGAUGCAUCUCUCUGUAAGGAGAGAUCAUAACCUUCAGGACACUCUUUCCUUUGUUUGGAUUCCCUACACAAAAGGUCUCCAUUAACCUUCCAGCCUUCUCUUAUCCAGGGCUCUGGUUUCGGAAAGGAGUUGGAUUGAGCCGUGGUAAAAUACUCUGCCCCACCUCAUUCAAAGGCUUCUAGAUUGCCUGCAUGUUUUCCUCCUGCUUUAAAUUGCCAGUGGACAUAGUAAAAAAAACAGCCAACCCCCCAAAAAGACAACUGUGCUCCAUAUGGGAUUGACUGCUUGGCCCAGAGGCAAAGCUGUGAGUCCAGUGCUGGAGCAGAACCAGCUCCUUCAUGGGAGUGGGUGAGUUUUCCAUGUUCUCUUCCAGCAUCCUCAAAGUGUCUCCUUAACUUGCUCUCAGGAUUUUGCGAAUGACAAGGGUACUCUAAAGGCUUUGGAUUCUCUGAAAACACCUGCCACAGAGUACCUGACAGUCAGUUGGCUUUUUUUCCUUGGCACAGUGGUUGGUUUUGAGUUGGUUUUUGGUUGGCUUUGCAGGCAUUUUACAGCACUGACUGCAUUGAGCAUCAGUUAAUGCUUCAUAAAACACUUCCCAGCCUGGUGGCUUGAAUUCCCUGGGACGAUUUUUAUUCUGUUUCCAUGUUCAUCCACUGUCACUUAUCUCUAAAUUUGGAGGGCUGCAUGGAAAGCUGCUCCUUGGUGCAGGCUUUCCUUUCAGCUCUGGAAGCUUGGCACCAGAAGUCAGUGCCCAGGUUUUCCUCCAGUGUGUUCUCUAGCCAUGGAGCUGCAGGUCAGUUGGUGUUUCAGCAGCUGUUCCAGUGGGACAGGAGUUAACUAGCACAGCCCUCAGCAGAGUGUGGUGGAUUUGUGUAUUUACAGCUAAAAACUCAGUUUAAUGUGCUCUUCAGUCACUGAGGAGAAAGGCACGUGAGACCUGGCAUCACUGCUGACUUUUUCUGCCACUCUCAGAUGAUUGUCCUUGUUAAAGACUUCAGUAGUCAGAAAUUUACAUAUUCCAUAUUUUGCCUUUGAUUUCAUCUGUACUUUGGAACCUUUAAAUGCAAGAAAUCACAGAAAAUGUCUUGCAUUCCCCAUGGAAACUUCAGCUCACAGCUGUCUCCUGCUCAUAAUUGAGGUUUGGCAUGUAAUCAUGCAAUUGUAUAAAUUGAUUUCCCUUUCUGCUGCAGGAUGUAGUGUCAGGAAAGCAGAAUCUCAUCUCAGUUUCCUGAUCAGUGGUUGAUGUGACACCAGAUGUCAUCUUUGGUUUGUAAAGACACCCUGGUGUGGAGGCUGCUCCCAGCAUGGGGAAGGGGGGGGGGAGUCUUGUGUUUGGCCUGUGAAGCAGCAGUGGCACUUGUAGACUGAAGGAUCCUUUAGUUCCUGGAUAUCCAGAUUCCUAACUCGCAUUUCCACGUAGACCUAAAGCUUCCUGAAGCAGCUCCAGCUGUCUGGUUGGAAUAACAAGUCCCAGGUGUGGUUUAUUGGCAGCUUCCCUCCCCUGCCCCUCCCGGGCCUCCUCCUGUAUGUGGGGCUGGGUUGAGCCCUGUGAUGAGACCAGGAUUUGCUCAAACAGGGGAAAGAAGAAUGGGAAGCUGAACAUUGACAUUGAAAACUGCAUUUUCUUGUAGUUUGUUCUGUUCCAGGAAACUGUGAUCCUGGGUUGAGGGCUUUUUUUUUUUGUUUGUUUCUGUCUCACAGUGUGGUUUUUCUAUCACUUUUCUUUUGCUUUGCUUUGAGGGCAAGAGACAGAGAAAAGAAUUUUUAAGGAAUAUGUAUCCCUGCAUGUGGCUCUUCUCUUUGUUCAUUCCUCCCUCUCUCCUUCCCAACCCAAACCAGCCCAGUGCUGUGACACACAUCAGCUAUGCUGUGGGGGCUGAAAGCUGAUGAGAAACUACACCAACCAGGACAGAACCUCUUCAGCUCUUCAUCCCUUUGGAGGAAUGUGUUUUGCUGGCCUGAGGAAUAUGGAAAACAUGAAUCAAGUCCUGCCUGGGACAGCUCAUAGCAGUGAAGGUGAUGGCUGGUUGGGCACUGUUUAAGGAGCCUUUAAACAGUCACUUCUAGAUGUGAAAUCUGAAGCUCAAAUUGCCUUUGCUGGAAAAAAUGUGUUAGAUUGGAUUGGGAAAUACAUGGUGAACUAUGAAGGACAAAGGAAACCAAUCCUUCAAAGGCUGUGGUUUGUGGCUUCCUGUGGGUGUCACUUGGUCAGGAUUUGCAUGUGGUGUUGCAAGCACUGGUGGGGUUGGAGGAGCAGCAGUGCAUGUAGGCAGUAGGGAUUCUUCUGAGUGCAGAACUGGUCAGGGCUCUCGUGUUUGAAGCUGGAGCUCCUUGCUGCUGGUGGAGAUGUUCCCUUUGCCUGUGCUCUUCAUCCAGCACAGCUUCAUUUUGGGAUGUAAUGUCCAGCAGUCCCAGUCACAGCCACAAUUCUGGAACAGCAGGUGGAACAAGCACUGGCUUUCCCUGCCAGGUGCUGCUGACACAUUUACUUCCCAUUUCAGAGGCCCACAGAAGAAUUUUGGAUCUUUCUGAUGCUACCUGCUCUUAAGUCAGGCUGGUUGACCAGCUUCAACCUCACAGCAUUCCCCAUGGACCUAAAAAGGGCAGGUAAAGGCUGGGCCAAACAUUUCUGGCCAUACUUGUGUUAUUUUCUUUAGGCUUUGAGCUAAGGUCUGCAAUUUUUACCAUUUCUGACAUUCAUGGACUGCAGUGCGUUGCUUUUCCUGGUGAAUCAGCUCAGUUAACACCACCAGUCUUAGAGAGAUGUCCACUAUGUGCAGGUAGCUUGUAAAAUACAGCUGCCUGUAAAAGGCAUCCAAAGGUACCAUUAUUCCUAAGUAGAUCUAAACAGGAAUUUUCCAUCCGCUCUCCGCUGAGAUCCCUGACCUUCUCCUCACUGUCAGGGGGAAGUGACACCUCUCCUUUGUCCAGCUUGUGUUUCACAGGGUCCACGUCCUUCAGAGCCAAUUUGUACACUCAGCUUGCCCUGGGACUGGUGCUGUGGUUUGUACCUUUGCAGAAACUGGGUUUGGUGCAGGUUUCAGUAACUCAGCCUCUUUGCUGAGUUUCAAAUUCCUGUGCUGGGUCUGGAGCAACAAGGGCUACAUUAAAACCACUUUUCUUUUGGGGGCAGGGCAGCAUUUGGGCUGUUGGUCAGGUAGCAAAUGCUGCAGAGAUGCUUGAAAUGUGAUGGUUUUUCAGUAAACCCCAUAAAAAUGAACUAUGAAUGCAGGGACCUGUGUAGGAAUGUCCGUGUGAAUGGGAAGAGCUCUGUCGUUUCAGGGCCUUAUCACUUCAUUUUUAUUCCUUUUUAGUUUGUAUUAAAUGUCAGUGCUUUCUUCUGGUUUAAUCCCUGUUUAGUGAAGUUGAUAUUCUGGUGUUCCAAGAGGAGAAGGGGUGGCAGAGAUGUGCUUUAGGUGGGUGAAGUGCUUGCUGUCCCUUAAGGACUGGCUGUGCCUUGUCUGGCUGUUCCCAUAGACUCAAAUCCAGCCUCUGCUCUCCCUCACCCUUUCUGUUUAUUUAUUUUCACGAGAGAUUUUCUAUAAACAGAGCAGCUCCUGUCUCAAAGACAAAACAGACUGAUGCUGAGCCCUGUGCUGGCUGUGCUCUCAGGAGGACCCACGGGCCUGUUUGGCUUUGGAGCUGGUGAGGUUAAUGGAUGCCCUUUCUGGGAUGAUUUUUAUUCCCAUCUCUUUGUGUCUGUGCACUCCCAACAAACAGAGCCAUAUGUAUUUACACACGCAGGGGUUUAGUCAGAGACUGCUGCCCCUGACAGCAGUGCCUCAACCUGCCUCGGGUUAUCCACUGUGUUCCAUGGGCACCUUGGGAGUGAGGGCAGAAAUUCGGGAUUUGGGCGCUGUCUCUGAUGGCUGGGGGUGUCUGCAGUGCAGAGAAAAGUCACUUUGUAACUGCUUGUGAAAUGGUGCCCGAACUGAAGCUGUGUGGAGCAGGGGAUGAGGUGCUAUUUUAUAGACCAGAUUUAUACGAAAAACAGCUGGGUGAAACUCAACUCAGAGACACCAGACUUUAGGACAGAUGAUUUUUUAAAAAUGAGGCUGUCUCCUGGAGCUGGGGAACAUCCAGUUUCUAAGGGACAGCUUUUCACAAUGGCCACUUUCUUCAAUGAUGGCAACUUCAUGUGGGAGGAGGGAGAGGAUUAAUUUGAAAGUUUUCAGCUCACUGUGCUGGGAGGGACCAAACUCAAGGAAACCUCUGAUCUAUAUACACAACUGCUGCAUUUUUUAUAAAUAUAUGUAAAUGUCCUAUUGUAAUAUUUGAUCCUGGAAAUAAAACAAACUGUUUUCAGUA